AUGCUGGAGAUCUUGAAAGGAGUUGCUGAAUGGGAGCUCACCGUCGAACUCCAGGAGGAACCCGCAUUCUGCUUACAGAUCAACGAGGUCGAACCUCUCGCAAAGGAUCAGCCGUGGUACACCGGCAUCAAGUGCCAGGAGCAUGCAAGCCAGAUCCAUGUGCCUGUUUACGAACUCUACAACCUGACGGCACCGUGGCCUUUUUCUGUGUGGGGGUUGGACAUCAUUGGUAAGAUCAGCCCCAAAGCUUCAAACAGGCACGAAUACAUCCUAGUGGCAGUGGAUUACUUCACCAAGUGGAUAGAGGCAACAUCAUACACCACCAUCGCAGCAUCUCAUGUGGUCAAGUUUAUGAAAAACAACAUCAUUAGCCGUCAUGGGCUCCCUCAUGCCAUAAUCACAGACAACGGAACUCCGUUCAUCAAUAAAAGGAUGAUCGAUUUCCUCAACAAAUUCAAAAUCCAACAUUAUAGGUCAAGUCCCUAUCGUCCUCAAAUGAAUGGUGGGGUCGAAGCUGCAAACAAGAUUAUCAUCCAUAUAUUGGAGAAAAUGGUGAAGACAUGUCGGGACUGGUCGGAGAUGCUUCCUUACGCACUCUGGGCUUAUCGGAUGUCUGUACGGUCUGCUACAGGGGCCACUCCAUAUGAGCUCACAUACGGAAUGGAAGCAGUGCUACCAAUCGAAAUUGAAAUCUAUCACUUCGGAUAUUACUGGAAAGCCAAGUCGAGGAAGGCGAGUGGCAACAAGCAAGAUAUGAUCAACUGCAUCUGGCAGAUGAAAAGCGCAUGCGGGCGCUAA